AUGGCAAACAUUCACCCUGAGUCCCCCGAGGACUUCGAGUUCAUCGAAACGCCUGCUGCGUCACACAUAACCCCUGCGGAGGACUGCGGCGUGCGGACAACAUCGUACCCGGCCAUCAAAAAUGCUCCCGUCCCAGCAGAUGCUGCUGGCAGCGACAGCUUCUCCAACACCUUGCUCUUCUCCCUGCUGCUUCUAAUCCCAUGGUACCUUGCUCGCCAAAUCGGUGGUGGUUUCUAUACAACCAUUUUCUUCGCAAUCUUCACUACCGUCCCGAUUUUGAUGGCCUUCUGGUCCGUGGCUUCCUCCAUCUCUCCCCGCAAGAACGAGAAGGCCAAGUACGCUGGUCGCCCCGUCGAGCAUUAUCUGCACUUCCACAGCGAACAUGACCGUGCUACCUACCGCGGAAAGAGCAAGAUUCCCAUGGAAGUUUUCUACGAAAAGUACUUCAAUGGUGAGGUAGACUUCAAGACCGACGCUUUGGAAGCCCUGGAAUUCAGGCACGAUUGGGCCAACUUCCGCUUCACGAUGGGACUCUACAAGCAUUUCCUCUUUGGCUUUAUUCCCGAGAUGUUGGUUCACUCUCGUUCUCAGGGUAAUUUGCUCUUGCCCCAUUAG